GCAUGGACGGAUGCAGCGGGAAUGGUUCAGAGCUACAGCGACGACAUGAUCGCCCGAUGGAACAAGGAGAUUGAUACCUAUCUCGUCUUUGCGGGCUUAUUCUCCGCCAUCCUUACCGCUUUCAACGUACAGUCGUACCUUCUCCUCCAGCCCGCAGCGCCCGAUCCAUCCAUCGCUGUUCUACAACGGAUCUCCUCGCAGCUUGAUAGCUUUUCGAUCAAUCCUCCAUUCGUCAAUUCCACUCAGCCGUCGAACUCCAGCCUCACGAACGCAAACACCCCGCCCCCUGCCCCGCGUUGGGCCGUCUGGCUCAACGCGCUGUGGUUCUCGGGACUCAUACUCAGCCUGACCUCAGCCUCCGUAGGCAUCAUGGUCAAACAAUGGCUGAAUGAGUACGGCAGCGGUGUUUCCGGGACCUCCCGUCCUAUCGCCCGGGUGCGCCAGUAUCGCUUGCAUAACCUGCAAAGAUGGCACGUAGAGGAUGUCGUCGGUACUAUCCCC